UGUGAAUCACGUCCUACGUCACCGAGUCACACUUGCAGCGCGCGUGAGUGAGAGUAUGGUCGCUGCUCUCGGUGGGGUUGAGGGAGGUUGUUUGUAGGCGCGGGCCAAAAGCUGAGCGCAUGCUUUUUUUUAAAACACUAGCGGAAGACCACUAGCUUGCUUUAGCGUCAUGAGUAAACCGCUGUUUAGUUCUUUGCUACCGUACGCUUCGCGUUAAUUUGGAAGCUGAAGUGAACCGAGCAAGGUGCAGAUGAAGAAGAGAGGAUGCUGGAAUGAGUGACGAAACACAGCAAACAUCAUGAUGGAGUCUCACUUCACCACAGCAUCACUGUGUUCCCACUGCUUUCGCGCUUUAAAGUCGCAGUUUGUAACGCUGAAUUUCGAUAUUUAAGAAGGAGUAUUUGGGGUGUUUGCUUUCGUGCUGCUCGUGAAGCCGUUGUUUUGUUUGUGUUGGUAGUUUUAAUCGAUGCUCUGGAAUAAUCGCGCUGAGUAAGAGGAAGCCUUUCCUGGUUGAUAUAAUUAACGUGCUUACUGCAUAGGGUACAUUUCGCUCGUUCAUUGUCUACUGUAUAAUGUUGUAUAUAAAAUAAGUAAGCUGACUACUCGAGCCAUGGACUGUGUUAAAAUACUAGUUAAAGUUGAACGUGGACUCUUGAGCUUUGACGUUGACAUCAUGGAUAGACGCGGCUGAUUUUCAUCGAACAGGUGUCUCUUUAGUGUUCAUCCAUGACUCUGCCAUAUGCUGAUGGAACAGAAGGUCCUCAAUAAGUCCCCCAUGGUGUCCAGACUGCCAAAAUUUGGUGCCCGUCCUGUCAGUGGUACCCCUUCAUCCCUUCCCAAUGGCACAGCCCAGAUUGUGGUCACACAAGAGGGUAAGAAUCCCCCUGUCAGGCCAAAUGGAGUAGUCAGAGCCUCCUCCUUUUCCAUGAAAUGGAGAAAGGAAAAUGGUGGGUCAUUGGACCCUUUAAAUCCAGUAGAAGGCACAAUACCAGAAGAGAAAAAAGAAGCUCGAUCUCAACAGUCUCCAGGAAGUAAGGAGUUAAAAAGCCCUUCUACUCCUGCAUCUAAAGUGCGCAGGUCGGCCUCGUCAUUAUCCAGUGGAAGCCCCAAACCUGUACCCAAAUCCUCUAAAUCCAUCCAAAGUCCUAAACCAAAGCCCAAACACUCUCAGAUCUUGACAACCUCUAAAAGUCAGGACAUAUCCCAACAAAGGCCAACUCAAAAUGGAACUGCAUUUCUGGGGUCUUCACCAGGCCAAGCCAUCUCUUCAGGGCUUCAGCGACCGAGGACAAAUUCUAGCUCUACGCGAAGCACCUCUAGCUUAUCUCAAUCCAACGACAGCCUCUCAAAACAUUCGGUCGUGCCUGACCACAUGGUGCGCUCUCAGAGCUUCACCCACUUUAAACAAUUACCAUCGCCAACAUCCGCUCCCAUGACACGCUCCUUCUCCUUCAACAAGGCUGUGGAGCUAGCCAAGCCACUAGCUAAUACCCAGCUGCGUCCUCCACGAACACUUGGACUCAAAUCUCCACUGAUCCUCAGCAAAGGUCGACCAAUGCUUGGUUUUGGGGGCCUGGGAUUUGGAAAGGGCUUAACAGAUAGACUACCUGCUGGGACUCCCUCUUCAGACUGCUUAACGCCGCCUAAUUCCACAAAAAGGCAGCUUUUACCUAACUCUAUGCUGACAAAACCCUCGUUACAAGCCUACAGGCUAAGUCGACCAAUUGCUGCCAAACCGCAGUGCCCUCCAGUGGUUAGGAGAAGCCCUGUGGAAAGUGACAUUAUAACUCCUCCUCUCACUCCAGAGCAGCUCCACUGUGCCACAGAAAACGUUUCAGCUUUCACUGAUUCCCCAGAGGAGGUUGUGACAGAGCCGAGUCUGAAUGGGACCCUUCACUACACUGGGGAGGGUGCGGAGGAUAUGUCUCUCUCCUCUGCAUCUUCUCUGGAGAGGAAUGACACCAGUGAGGAGUUCCUAGAUGACUUUGAAAACCUAGGGGACCAGUCCCAGAAUGGCAUCCAGCAGAACAAAAAUCCUGUUGCCACAGCCACCCGGAUACGCAUGCAGAGCUUUUUGAAUGAGACCAUGGACUGGGCUGGGAUUGGGCUGGCAGGUGGUAAGGCAGAUUUACAGAGUGCUCCACUACGUGGUCCACCGCUCAUGUCUCCUGAAGUGGACCGUCAUGCAGUCUCUUCUUUGGAGCUCUCACCCUCUAAUAGCUCUGGAGGGACAUACAUGUGGGAUGAGGAGGGCAUGGAGCCACUGGGACACAACACACACAUGCACCACUGCAGCAGUUUUGAGUCAGACCUCAACAGCGUCGACAUUCUGAACAACCUGGAUAAUACUGGCUCCUGUGACCUAGAAGAUGAUGACCUCAUGCUUGAUGUAGAUCUGCCAGAAGAUGCAGCAUUACUCAAUGAAGGAAUGGCCCACUUUGAGCACUCUGAGAGGGGGGGCCGGCCGGCUCAAUGGAGAAGGAGGCAGCAGAGGUGGAGCGGAGCAGAUCAUACUCAUAAUGACAACAGGCUGGCCGGGUUUCAUUACGAUGCCUGUCGUACAGGCCAUCGAACCCUCCAUCCUGCAAUUCAGCAUGACAGUCACACAGUGGCGCUAGAUGAGCUCACUCUCAAGCACAUGACAGAAGACUGUUCCUCUGUCAAAUCACAGCUGCUUAAACUCAAGAGUCUGUUGCAGAUGGAUGAUGGUGAGAUUACUCCAGAGAGUUUGGAUUCCAGCGAAGAUGACAGCAGAGCCCAGCAGAUGGAGGAGCUGAUGAAGGAGGUGGCACGUCUCAGGGAAGAGCUGAAAAAUAAAGAUAAAAUCAUCACACGGCUCACUCAUCAACAGCAUCAGGAAUCGCCAGUGAGAUGCCACUGUCAUCAGCAUAAGCCUGGGGUCAGAGGUGAGAGGAGAACACAUCAUGAUAAAUCCACUCAGACGGUGUGGCGACCACCCCAUCAUCACCCUGCUGCUGUACCUUCUCCUCUCCUCUCUCCCUGGCAGUGCCAGUACCAGGCUGCACCUCGUGCCAGCAUGCCUCAACGCCGACAAACCUCAAAUACUUCAGCCCAUCAGUCGCAUCCCCAACGAGCCCCUCAUCCAGGGAAAACUAGCAAGAACAGUCCCAAUCGGGGGCCGCAGUGAUGCCUGCACCGGAGGUGAACAGCCACCCAUGCCCUGUCCUCCAUCCCCCUGUGCCCAUCCAAUUCUGCCUCCUGCUAGAGACCCUCGUCUAGAGUCGAAAUCUUUACCUGACCCAGAGGAGAUGAGUCGGUUGCUUAGCACCCACCUUCGCAUACAAGACAUCAAUGAGUGUGACUCACCGGGGGCUGGAGAACAGAUUGCGAGACCGACCCCAGAAAGCCAUCAAAACAAACUGCUGCAAACACCUCACCCCCUGUCCCUCUUCAGCCCUCGUGUCCUGCAGCCUCCACGUCUACACAGACGGGUAACACUCUCUGCUCUGCCUGUAGGGGGCUGUAGUAGGUCAAAUCCAAAAUCUAGACUCUCAGUGAACUACAAGGCCCAGCAGCAGCAGCAGCAGCUUCCUCCUUCUCCGUCCAGAGGUUUGCCAUGCUUCAGUGCUGAGAACCACAUCAUACUGCAUGGCCAGCCCUCCCAGGCUUGGCCAGUAGUAAUCAGGAGAGAAGCUAACCCAGAACACAAUGCUUCAGUAUCGCUUGGUAUCUCCACAAGACUCCCAAAGCCAAAGAUCCACUGAGUGUCAGCUGCAGCCAUAGACACUGAUAAGGCUACCUCCCUAAACGCAUGAUUACACAUGCGGCUUGCACUAGAUGGUGUUUUUUGUGGCUAGACAACAUUUUAAGCUAAAGCAGCUAAAGUUUUGCUUCUAACUAUGCAACAAAAAGUCUCACAAUCAGUGCUACUGUUGCACAGAAACAUUGCACCUAAAAGUCAUUGAUCUUCAUUCCACUUCACCACUCAUCUUCCAUAUUCACCCUAAUAAAUUGACAAAUGAUGGACAGAAGUUCAGGCUGGAAAAACGGGCAAUGAAAAGCAGCAGAUUAGUCUUUGUUUUAUUGAUGCUAAACAAACGUCAAAGACAACAAGUGUGUGCAGUGCCAUUGACUGCCUGUGGAGCUUAUUUGAGACCCUCAUUGUCUGGAUGUUUUCCCAUGCGCCGUGCCCUCUGGACGCCCACUCAUUUAGUGGGUGAAUCUGACAUUUACAUCAGCGACCUCCUGAGGUUUUACUGCAAAACACAUAUUAUUGUCUAGGCAGUCUCCUAGAGCCUGUCUUAAGGAUUGAGUGAGUCAGUACAUCACAUGACUCAAGUCUCCUCUUCAAUUUUCACAGGAAAAGCUGUCAUUCUGCUGUUAUUUGGUGUGUUUGUGUAUUAGUUCAUGCUUCAUUUCACAUCCACGUCUGAGUUCACCACAUAAACCAGGCUCUCGGGUAUUGUUUUUUUCCCCUCAUUCGUGCAUCUUGUUUGUCAGUGCAGCAAGUCUCUAUGACCUACAGACAUAGUGCUUUGGCAGGAGAGUACACAUUCUGCUGUCUGUGCUUCCUUUAUUUUCACCUUGGUUUCAGUCGCGAUCAGCAGAUUUCCAUUUAAGGCUCAUGCCUUCUGUAUCAACGAGGUUCUUUUUUUUUGGAUUAUAAAUUAUGGCAUGCUCAGAGUUUUAACUUGCUUUUUCACCUCUCAUUAGUCGCGUAUAGAACUGUUAUGAUGCUUUUAAAUUAUUUAUACGCUAUAAAGAUGUUUACAGUUGCCUUUAUUAAGCUGUUUGGUCUGUUUCUGUUCUGCAGGAACUUGUUUGCCUUGUCUUUGGCAGAGAAACAGUCUUGCUGAGAAACUUUAAAUGUGCAAGCAGUACACACACUUGAUGAAGUUCUUAGUUUUCGGAAAUGUUGUUGCACUAACUUGUUUUUGGCUCUGCGAGACAUGAAUUAUUAAAUCCAUGAAGUAAUAUUUUUAGUUAAAUUUCCGAAGAUAGAUGCAUUGGAC